GGCCUGCAGGGGGCGGAAGAGACGAAGAAGUGCCCGCAUCCACACAAACGCACACAAACACAGGAAGAGAGCAAAAGAGAGAGAGUGACACGCGCGCAGCCAGCCAGUCACACACACAGCAACUCCAGUUGGAGAAGUGUCUUCGCUGCAGCAGACGCCCACUUCCCCUUCUUGCUCCUCGGCACCGCCGGGUGCAAACAUUCGCCUUUUGCCAACAUGUCCAUGACAACAACACAUCCACGCGCGCAAAAGUUGAUCUAUUGAGCGGGUUGGAAUAAGCCAGGCAGCAGUCGCGCCAGGUGUGAAUGAUUGUCCUCCCGCUUUAAAGAGAGAGUCUCCGGAGCAACCACGCCGCCAUGCCACCGCCCGCCGACACCGUCAAGGUGGCCAUCGAGUGGCCGGGGGCCUUCCCCAAACUCAUGGAGAUCGACCAGAAAAAGCCACUCUCCACCAUCAUCAAAGAAGUGUGCGAAGGUUGGUCUCUGGGGAAUCAUGAAAAUUUCGCGCUGCAAAUGGCUGACGCCAACUUCUACAUCACUGAAAAGAAUCGCAAUGACAUCAAGAAUGGCUCCAUCCUGCGUUUGACCACCUCACCAUACCAAACGGCGCUGCAGCUGCACGAGCGGAUCCAGUCGUCCAGCAUGGACGCCAAACUGGAGGCGCUCAAGGACCUGGCCAGCGCCUCGCGCGACGUCACCUUCGCCUUGGACUUCAUCAACAUGGACGGCAUCUCGGUGCUCACCCAGAUGGUGGAGAGCGGCACAGAGCGCUAUCAGAAACUGCAGAAGAUUAUGAAGCCCUGUUUCGGCGACCUGCUCUCGUUCACGCUCACGGCCUUUGUGGAGCUGAUGGACCAUGGCAUCGUCUCCUGGGACACUUUUUCCGUGGCCUUCAUCAAGAAGAUUGCCAGCUACGUCAACAAGGCGGCCAUGGACACGGCCGUGCUGCAGCGCUCGCUAGCCAUUCUGGAGUCCAUGGUGCUCAACAGUCAGGACCUCUACCACAAGGUGGCGCAGGAGAUCACCAUCGGCCAGCUCAUCCCGCACCUGCAGGGGACGGAUCAGGACAUCCAGACGUACACCAUCGCUGUCAUCAACGCGCUCUUCCUCAAAGCUCCCGAGGAAAGAAGACAAGAGAUGGCGGACAUCUUGGCCCAGAAGCAACUGCGCUCCAUCAUCCUCAGCAACGUGAUCCGGAGCCCGACGCCCAUCAACGACGAGAUGGCGCACCAACUGUACGUUCUGCAGGUUCUCACCUUCAACCUGCUGGAGGACCGCAUGAUGACCAAGAUGGACCCCCAGGAUCAGGCUCAGCGUGACAUCAUCUUUGAGCUGCGUCGGAUUGCCUUUGACGUGGACUGCGAGCCCAAUAACAGCGGUGGCAGCAGCAUGGAGAAACGCAAAUCCAUGUACACUCGCGACUACAAGAAGCUUGGAUUUAUUAAUCACGUGAACCCGGCAGUGGAUUUCACCCAGAUUCCUCCUGGAAUGCUGGCGCUGGACAACAUGCUCUACUUUGCCAGGCACCACCAGGACGUCUACAUCCGGAUUGUUCUGGAGAACAGUAGUCGGGAGGACAAGCACGAGUGCCCUUUCGGACGCAGCAGCAUCGAACUCACCAAGAUGCUCUGCGAGAUCCUCAAAGUGGGCGAGCUGCCUGGUGAAAACUGCCACGACUUCCACCCGAUGUUUUUUACGCACGACCGCUCCUUUGAGGAGUUCUUCUGCAUUUGCAUCCAGCUGCUCAACAAGACCUGGAAGGAGAUGAGGGCCACCAGCGAGGACUUCAACAAGGUCAUGCAGGUGGUGCGCGAGCAGAUCAUGCGAGCGCUGACGCUGAAGCCUAACUCACUGGACCAGUUCAAGAGUCGCCUGCAGAAUCUGAGCUACGCCGAGAUCCUCAAGAUACGACAGUCGGAAAGGAUGAAUCAGGAGGACUUCCAGUCCCGCCCCAUCCUGGAGCUGAGAGAGAAGAUCCAGCCGGAGAUUAUGGAGCUGAUCAAACAGCAAAGGCUCAAUCGACUGUGUGAAGGAACGUGCUUCAGGAAGAUCAGCAGUCGAAGGAGACAAGACAAAUUCUGGUACUGCCGGCUGUCCCCCAAUCACAAGGUCCUGCACUACGGGGACCUCGAGGAGAGUCCUCAAGGGGAGGUACCCCACGAUUCUCUGCAGGACAAAUUGCCCGUGGCCGACAUCAAGGCGGUCAUUACGGGGAAAGACUGCCCGCAUAUGAAAGAGAAGGGCGCUCUCAAGCAGAACAAGGAGGUGCUGGAGUUAGCCUUCUCCAUCCUCUACGAGUCUGACGAGUAUUUAAACUUCAUCGCUCCGGACAAGCACGAGUACUGCGUGUGGACCGACGGCCUGAACGCGCUCCUGGGCAAGGAGAUGACCAGUGACUACACCAAAUCCGACAUGGACACGCUGCUCACUAUGGAGAUGAAGCUACGCCUGCUGGACCUGGAGAACAUUCAGAUCCCUGAAGCGCCGCCCCCUAUUCCCAAAGAGCCCAGCAACUAUGACUUUGUUUACGAUUGUAACUAGUUUAGCUUAGUUUAGCCCUGCUGUAUUCACUGGACUCCCCGACCCCCCUUGCGUCCCUUCUUCUCCUUCCUUAAAACUGGAUGAUUUCAAGAACUGUGAUUGACCUUUGCUAUGAAGACCAGUAGAAACUAGAAUGCAUUCCCUUGAAGUCAAGAAACUCAUUUUUUAUGAUUUGUCCUCAGGGCUUCUGUGCGGGGAGGGACAGCCAUGUUUGUUGUAAUCCACUUGUUUAUUUCCUGUCACAUGACACAAGUUUCACCAUUAUUGCGGCAGCUAAAUGUUUUCCCCACACCACGAGAAGUACUUUACUUCAUUCCUUGUCUGCUCAAGACUGUUAGAACGUUUUUUCCCCUUGUCACAAAGUCCUUGAACGACUGCUGUACACCACAUUUCUGAGCAAUAUUUACUUUAUCACUUAAGCCCCUAUCCCACUGAUUGCCCAACGUGUUCGAGAGUGUUAGAGGAGCUAGCAAAUGCUCGUCGCAGACCUUCACCAAGUUUUGUUUUUCUUGUCGCAAGGACUUUUGAAUAUUUUCAAAAGUCCCUUGCAAUACAGAUGAACGUAUGUUCAAAGAUUUGUGACCGCUACCUUUGCAAAAAUUUGCAAAUGUUGGCCCUUCAGUGGAAUACUAUCUUAAGUGUUUAUUUUUUUAAUUGUAAAGCUGUUCAUUUAGGGUGUGAAAAAGGGACCCUAUUGUGUUGACAAAAAUUUGAAGGUUAAUGUACUUUUUUUGUUUUAUUUAAAAACAGAUCAUGGUUGUGA